UCUAAUUCAACUUCUUUCCGUCUGAUUUCUAUAUUUACCUCUAAUAUACGAACAAGCGUGCCAUAGCUCUACGCAAUAUUACGCGACUCUGCUCUUAUGUUAUUGCUCGUCUCAUUCCAACUAGGCCGUUGUAAAGUUAGAAGGGAAAAGUACCUAGAUGGCGGCCAAGCUACGCACUUCCGCUAAUAGAGCAGAGCUCCCCUGGGCUCUGGGGAGCUUCUUCUAUGACUCCUAGUGUGAUUAUCUAACCCUUAUGGUCUACUCCUGAGCCGACUCAUCUUUGAGAGUCCACCGUGGCCAGUUUUAUAGUGCAAGUCCUAACGAGCUAUUUAGCCUUCAGUCUCGGGGUUGCUGUCCCCGUAGAUCAUAUGUUAGAGACCCACAACUUCGCUGCUCAAGCUAAGAAGUUUUACCUAGUUCCGGAUACUAGCAGCAGCGACAUUUGGGUUGUUUCGGACGGAUUUAAGUGUCUAGCCCCCUUUUCCGGCCUGGAAAUUCCUCAAAAAGAGUGUGCUUUUGGUCCCAUCUAUAAGGGUGACCUCCCUGACGGGCAAGAUCGAUAAUCUGAAUCCGAAUAUCUCGUAUAUGAGCGGCGAAUACUUAAACGGACUAAUGAGAUUCGCUAAGUAAUCGCCUCCUUACCAUUUAACAUAAGUGUGAUGUAAUUUAACAAGUUUUAUCAAGUAUUAUUGUAGGCGAUGUCACUAUUCCAAAGCAGCAGUUUGGUCUAGUAGAUGUGACUGCAUUCGGAGGCGAGGGGACGUCGAGCGGUAUCCUCGGCUUUGCCCUGUUGCGUGACGAAAACCGGACAUACAUUGGCCUUCGGCGGUGUGCCUCCUGUCAAGACAAGAGAAUAUACUACUAUACCGAUUCAAAAAGUCCGACAUACAAGUUUCCAAUAUCAUGCGCUGGAUUUACGGCUAACUAUUAGAUCUACAAGACCAAAAACAACGGCAAGACAGAUUACUCCUUCUACAACAUCGCGUCUAACUCUAUGUCCUGGAACAACGGCACCAUCAGCCAGAUAGUAACAAACUUGCCUCACAUGCUCGUGGACUCGGGUACGAUCAUCAAUUUGUUCCCGCAUACACGCCUGCCAGGAAACAGCAAGGAGGCCUGGUCUGGAGCAUACCGUGCAAUGCUGCGCCGCCUACCCUCGACAUCGUGAUCGGCGGGAAGGCCAUUCGUGCUCACCCGAGUAACAUGAUUGUAAACCAGCCGGCGUACGAAGGCUCGACUGAGUGCCUGUCUGGAAUCGGUGCUGGACAGCCUGGUUCAUAUAUCCUCGGCGAUACAUUUAUGUUGCCGUGUUUGAUGUUUCGGAUUAAAAGCAGAUGGAGUUUGCUCAAUGGAUGGAUUAAGUUGGGUUUCGGUAGUCGAUAUCUUACGGUUAGACUACCUAGGUAUAUAAUAUAUAUAUAUAUAUAUCUAGCUAGCCCUUGCUGG